AUGUGGUGUAGGCGGUGGUGGAUUGGAUGGGAUAUGGCGGAACCACCCUCACUUUCGCCGGCCGUGAAAGAAAGCAUGCUAUUGAAAGGGGCUUUUGCAGUGGGUGGAAUCAUGUCCACUCUUGUCAUCUAUGGAAUCUUGCAGGAAAAGAUCAUGCGAGUUCCCUAUGGACCAAACAAAGAAUUUUUUAAGUACUCGUUAUUUCUUGUCUUCUGCAACCGCAUUACUGCCUGUGCUGUCUCUGCUGGCACUUUGCUGGCAAGUAAGAAAGCCAUGGACCCUGUUGCUCCAGUUCACAAGUAUUGUGUUGUAUCAGUAUCUAACAUACUAACCACAACAUGUCAAUAUGAGGCCCUCAAGUAUGUCAGUUUUCCUGUUCAGACCCUGGCAAAGUGCGCCAAAAUGAUACCUGUAAUGCUUUGGGGUGCUGUCAUCAUGCAAAAGAAAUACAAGGGACAUGACUACUUGGUGGCUUUUUUUGUGACCAUUGGGUGUUCAUUAUUUAUUCUAUAUCCGGCAACAGUUGAUAUCAAUCCUUAUGGUAGAGGAAGAGGAAGAGAAAGCACAGUGUGGGGUGUUUCCUUGAUGAUUGGCUAUCUUGGAUUUGAUGGCUUUACAAGCACAUUCCAGGAUAAAUUAUUCAAAGGUUAUGAUAUGGAAAUACAGAAUCAGAUAUUCUACACCACACUAUGCUCUUGUAUGCUCAGCUUGAGUGGUCUAAUUCUCCAGGGCCAUCUCCUCAUGGCAAUAGAUUUUGUAUCUCGCAAUACCGAUUGUUUCCUUGAUGUUGCACUGCUGUCAACGGUAGCAACAGCUAGUCAAUUCUUCAUUUACUACACUAUCCGCACAUUUGGUGCCCUCACAUUUGCCACCAUAAUGACCACAAGACAGGUUAUCGUCUUUGGUUCCCUUUAUGCAAGAAGCUUCUUAAAAAAUAAACCCCCGAAACCUUCAUCCUCGGAACAGACGGAAAAUGGAGCUUUUAGUCCAUUGCAGGUGAACCCAUAG